CAUAACCUGGAAGACACAUAAUCUAUUUAUCAUCAUGGACCACAAGAGUAUUGUCAUCAUGUGCGCUGUUCUGCUGUCUGCUACUCUUAUAGAAGGAUAUGCUGUACCUCGUGGAAAUCGCUGUUUAUGCAAAAGAAAUUCCAACAAGCUCAAUGUGAUGGCAAUGGAAAAGCUGGAGAUUCACCCCAGAAGCUCUACAUGUGAGAAAAUUGAAUACAUUGCAACUUUAAAAAAUGACUCUGUUCCAAAGUGCGUUAGUCCUGAUCUUUUAGCACUAAAGGUUCUUCUGAGUGGAAAGAAUCGGCAUCUUAACCAUAUCAAAGUGAUCCGCCACCAAUAACUGUGAACAUGGAUGAAAGAAACCAUGCCAAAACAAACCAGUCUAAUAGUUAUCAGUGCCUUUAUUGCUGUGAAUAAUAGGUUAUUUACAUUUGUUUAUCUUUUACUCUAAUAAUUUCCUUUGAUGAGAAACAGUGUUCUGAAAACAUGUUAGUUAUACAUUUUUUAAAGAGAAACAAUGGGGUAGAUUUAUCAAAACUUGUGCAGGAAAAGCGGACCAGUUGCCCACAGCAUACAAUCAGAUUGCUUAAUUUAUUUUUCAGAGGCCUUUUAAAAAUGAAAGAAGCAAUCUGAUUGGUCACUAUGGGCAACUGAAUUACUAAUUCCCAUUCAGGCGUACACCCUCCUGGGACUAAUUUCCCAAACUAGGGAGCCCUAUCCAAGUAAAAUUUUCCUUUAUUAAUCCAUAUUAAAAAAUGUAUGUUUGUGAGUAAACCAAAAUAUGAUGUGUAUUAAAAACACAGCUAAUAAAGGAAACUUUUACUUGGAUAGAGUUCCCUAAUUUGGGAAAUUAGUCCCAGGAAUUUGGAUUGUUAACCCUGGGAAACCCUCAGUGGGAGUUUUGGAUUUAUACUAUGGGCAACUGGUCAAUUUUCCUCUGCACAAGUUUUUGAUAAAUCUCCGCCAAUAUUUUUAACAAAAUGUGUAUGUAGUGGAUGUAAAUAUGUUUAGUAUUUAAAAAUACUAUCAAAUGUAAAAUAAUGUAAAAUAACAUUUAAAUAAUUUAUUUUCAUUUCAUUAAAAAAAUGUUUUUUUUUUAUUACAGUCAGUUUGUUCUAUUGCCUAAAUUUGAAUAAAUCUGCAUAUAUCUGCAUAUUUUUACAAGUUAAAUUGUUGGAGAAAUUAAUGUGUGUGUAUUUGAGUAAAUGUACUGUAGAUCAUUUGUGCUCUUUUAGCUAUUAUGUACUUUAUGGGGGGCCUUUAUCAUUGUAGGUGUAAGUGAAGCAUUUUUCUACACCUUUUUUUGUGUGUGCUGAUAAUGUGUAGGAGCACCACAUUUAUUAAAUGGUCGUAGAGCAUUCCAUAAAUUUUGUGCAGGUCACAUUUUCUGAAAUUUUACUAUUCACAUACACCAUAAAGCUGAGCUAAGCCUGGGCUGGUGUACU